AUGGAGAGAGCUUUCACCUCUUUUCUCCUGUUACUUCAGUACUAUGUUAUAAGUAGUCCAGCCAUUAACCACUUUAAUAUCUCCACUGAUCAAUUAGCUCUUAUUUCCGUGAAAUCUCAAAUCAUUUUGGACCCCUUUCACUUCUUGGAUGAAAGUUGGUCUCCGGCUAGGUCUGUUUGUCAUUGGGUUGGAGUCACUUGUGGCUCUCGUCACCAGAGAGUGAGAUUCUUGAAUCUUUCCAACAUGGAUCUUACGGAAAUAAUACCCGGUGAACUUGGGAACUUCACAUUUCUUGUUUCUCUUGACUUGAGAAGCAACAAUUUCCAUGGAAAUUUGCCUCAAGAAAUGACACACUUUCAUCGGCUUAAGUUUCUUGAUUUAAGCUUCAACAGCUUCACGGGGAGGUUCCCUCUUCGUUUGGGUUUUUACACCAACUUCAAGUUCUAA